GGUGGAUGUCAAUUCCAAGGGGGCGCCGACGUCCUCGACGUCCCCUGCGACAGAGGAGCUGUCAAUGCCCUUGAAGUUGUGCGGCGGAUGUGAAUCUAGUGGGGCUGCGACAGAGGGGGGGAAUCUGGGUUCCAGUGCGGCUACUCAGCUGCAGCAGACGGAUAGUCGUGGUCAAUUUGGCGACAUCGAAGAUGAGGCAACACUGCUAGCGACGUCUUCGCCGUUGACCCGAAGAAACCGGUCCGUGCUAUGUAUACCUGGGGUCCGGCAAGCAACAGCAGUUCGAGAGGAGGUCGCAGCGGAUCCCGGAAAGGCGGCAGCGCAGUGUGAGCUCGACUUGGAGACUGUCGAGGGGCAUGGCACGGAGAACAAGACCGUGGGCGGAGAGGGGACGCAGGGCACUCCGCAAAAAAGAAGGAGAGAUCGUAAAGACGACUUGGUCGGCUCUUCAAAGAAACAGAAGACCAAGACCCCUAAGAGUGCGGGGGAGAAACGGAAGGGAACGGGGAGGAAUAGGACCGCCCGGGUAGCAAGCGUGCUUGCUUGCGAGGUCGUUUGGGUCCAGGCUGGUUCCCCGUCGUUGGCGAAGCUGGGGAAGCUCAGUGUGCAGGAAAUGGUGCAGUUGGUGAAGUGCGACCAUGUGUUAAUCCAGUUGUGGAAUUACUACCAAUUCAAGCACGAGAAGAGGUCGGACACCGAUUGGAUCCAAAAGUACCCUUUCCUGAAAUCGAGUUCUGCCGUGUUCAGAAAGUUUGGAAGUCGGGGAUUGGAUGACGAUCUGUGGGACGGUAGCAGGAAACACGUUUCAAACUCGGCGUUGUUCAAGGAUUGUCUGCCGUAUAUGGGUUGCAAGGAGGACCACUCGAUCGAGGCGACGGAAAAGUUGGCGGGCCACAAGAAGUUGACCGUCGACUGGAGAAACAAGGUUCUCUCCGUGUUGACUCGGAGUAGACUGAAGAGCCGGGAGAUCACACUUGCCGAAGGCAUUGUCCACAUCAAAUGGAAAGACACAGGGGACGCGACAUCCAUCGCGCCAUUCGGCAGUGACCCUUUGGAGGCGGACAUCAGGAGUGCAGAGUUGAAGGAAGCAGUGGCUGCCACAAAGAUCUAUGAGGGGAGGUUGCCUAAGGGUGUCACUGCUGCGGUGCGGUUGCCUCAGAGGGUUACCCAGACAAAUGUGUCGGAUAUUCCCUUCACGCCUUCCGACUGGUCGCAGACCGCGCCGGAACGACAGUGCAGUGUCUACGGUGACAUGGAACGCAAUCCGACACAACUCGUCGGUCUUCUUGAUUUCCUUAGCAAGAAGGGAGAGGAUGUCGUCUUGCUUGGGAAACGGCACGCGCGAAGCGUGUGGGAACUUAUGAAGGCAGGCCGGCACGUCUUCGCGAUGGAAGGUAACUCCGACCUCUUGCAAUUCGCGAUGCAACUGGUCAAAAGCGAGGUCAAUUCGGGGGCGCACAAUUGCGAGUUCAUGGUCGUGAAGGCAAUACGGGAUCGGGUGUGGAGCAACAAGACUAACAUGUGGUUCAAGUUGAGCGAGAGGAAGAGGAACAAGAUAUACGACUUCUUGUUCCUUCAAACGCGGUCGAGGAAGGAGACAAACGCCGAGUACGUCCGCCACAAGGACCACAUAUUGGCAUUGCUCGACAACCAGUACUUCGCCUCCCGCAUGAACGAGAAGACCUUUCUCGAAAGGCUGCAGCCGCUGUACUUCGUUGAAUCCGAGGAGCAGUUGAAGUUUGGCAGUUACGCUUCCUUGAUCUCCACUGAUGACGAGGCAGCCACCGGUGUGGAGUUCGACGCCAAUGUGAAGGAGGAGGAGAGCGACACCGAGAGCCUUGACCUGCAGUGUGACCCACAUCCGUCGGAGCACGCCCGAGCGUCGUCGUCGACCGGUCCGUCAUCAAGCGCGGCACCCCUCGUGUCACCGACGGCCAGACUAACGCCGGCACUACGCCGAUGGAGAGUCAUCCAGCCAGCGAUACAAAAGGGCGAGUGGGUCAUGGCCAUCGCAGUCCCAGGCGCGGGAUGGGUGUCAAUCCCACGCGAGUCGAAGUCCUACUUCCUGCACCUCGCGAGGAUUUCGGUCCUCCAGAAAGUAAGGGCCGAAAAUGACAGGUUUGCACCCGACGACCUGUCCGUCGUUUCCACAGCCGGGCGACUAUUCGACGAGCUUCAGGACAACUGCUGGUUGGAAAUGACGGAGGACUACUACGACCUCGACACGAGCCCAUCGAAGGGCGUGGUGGACGGGAAAGUGCCCCCUCCCACUGGGCCGCACGGUAGUCUCGGGAGGGGGGCACCUGGAGGUGGAGGGGACGGGGGUGGUGGUGCAGGGGGUGGCAAAGGAAUCCCGCCUGGUGGGGAGGGAGGGUCUCACGGGGGGACCAUGACAACGGGAGGCAGCGGCGGGGUGGCGGGUUUUGCCGUCGAUCGGCAUCCGUCUACUGGCCCCUGGCAGGAGCAUACGACACAGUCCGCCGACCUCCCGACUUCAUCCGUGGCCUCGGCGAGGGAGGCAUUGGCAGCCUUGGUUGCUCUCGGCAGCCGCUCCGGCGGAACGUUGAAGUCCGUCGGGAUCCAAACUACGUCGGUUGAGGAGCCGCCAGAGCGGUCCGCCCUGCAGAGCCGCUCGGGGUUGGGGGAGCCGAGCCAGGAUUCAACAUUUGGCAGCGGUGCGGUGAGGGACGGAAAUGUGUCGCCUAAGCGGGAGCGACCACCGCCAGGCUUGCAGCGAGAGGCUACAAGUGCAGGGUCCGGCGACACGGAGACGACGAAGUCCGCCGAGAUUCGAACUUCUUCAGGCGAGGGGUGUCGGCCAGGGAUUGUUGUGCCGCCGAGAGGGGCAGCAUGCACGGAGACAGAAGGGCGGUCCUUGGGAUUCAACACAGGCACCGGGGAAGGGAUUGAAUUGCAUGGAAGGGAAGUAGGGGAGGGAAUGGAGGAAGGGAAGGAAGCGCAAGAAGGGGAGGAAGAAGGGGAAAAAGGGGAGGAAGGGAAGGAAGGGGGAGAAACGGAGCUCAUUGAAAUGCUUGAAGGAAGAGAGGGUGCGAAAGGGGACGUGAGUAUUGGAGACGACGAAGGGGAGGACAAUGAGGACGAUGCCAGACAGGAGAGUCGUAUGACGAGUUCGGACAACUGUACGGAGAGCAUCACGAGGAUGAUGUUGACGACGAUGCCACGACAAUGGAGAUAGAGACACAGGUGGUUAGCAGCCUUUCUGUAGAGCCUGAAGACUAUGAGGUCCAACCUGACGUCUGCCGUCGAUUUGCAACACCGG